AUGGAGCAACAUGAAGAGUUGCGUAGGGGGCAAUUUACUGCAACUUUUACAUAUAAAAAAGCCCAACAACUUUGGGAAGAAAUUACCACAAACUUAAAUAGUGUCCCAAAUGGUCAAGCAAAAGAUUGGAAAAAAUGGAGAAAAACAUGGCAAGAUAUGAAAAAAAAUGCAACGGCAAAAAAUGCUGCCAUAAAACGUCACAGGAAUAUGACGGGAGGAGGCCCAACAUGUUCCAGCAGUCUCAGUGACCAAGAAACUUGGGUUUUAAGCAUGAUUGGCCCUAUGCAGACUGAUGAGAUUGGUGUUGAAGAAACCCCAUUAGAAUUUUCUUUUGUAGAACAAAGCUUGCCUUCUACAGAAACUCCUCUUGAGGAUGUUAUAUAUGAUAUUGCCGAGAUGGAUAGUGAAAAGGCACAUCAGGAACACAACUACACGUUGGAAUAUCCAAUACAAAAAAAAGGAAAAGAUAGACCUCAACCACCUAGAAAAAUUUCGAAGACUGCUCGGCUACAAACUUCACUUGCUCUAAGUCAGAAACAUCUAGCUUUCAUGAAGGAAAAAAAUGAUAUUGAAGCAGCCUACUACAGAAACAAACAUUUUAUAGAUGGGUUAAAAUGA